AUGGUGGAAACAUGGGACAGUCUUAUUCACUCAAUUGGAGGGCUGAGCCUUGAGGGCGGCACUGCCAAGUUGUCUGGGUCAACGUCUAGCCACUGUCCGCAACUGAUCUCUCUGAGACAACAAGCCAAAACCCUCGCAAAUACUGCAGCGAAAUUCGGCGAUGCAACCGACCGCUACUUUGUAGCUCAUAUUACCUCGCUUGCUGGUCAAGGAACAAGCACGCGAAAAAUACUGUCGCAUUUCCAUGGCUCUUUGAUGCGCAUCGUUAAGGAGGUUCUCAAUAGAACCACCGAUGACAGUCGCGUCUUGUGUCUUGACGGCUCCGGUACCCUGCGCUACGAAAACUACUCCAUUCCCCUGCGCGAAGCCAGCCUCGGACGGCCUUACGACGCCGACUUCGAGAGCGAGGAAUACUACGACCAUGAAGAGCGCCUAGCCGACGAUCAAUAUGCUAAAGCCUCCAGUGUGCAAUGCGAGCGCAAAUUAGACGGCGAGCGCAAAUUAGACAACGAGAGGAAGCAAGACGAAAACUGGAUCGGCUUUUGGGUUCGGGCGCUCAGCAGUUUUCCAAAUGGACCGACAUUAUUUUAUCCGGCAACAAGUCGCUUUCCUAAACUGCGUUUGGCAGAUGUUCCGCGGUGCCUAUUCGGGGCAUUUGAUCCAGCCAGUUCUGGUCGGAAUGACGACUAUGUCUUCGCUUCCUCAGAGAGUGUCUCCGCGGAAUCGUGGCGCAGCAAGGUCGAUCUCCUUUCAAGGGUAGAAGAGGAGGCAACAGGAAGGCUACACAGGCAUUUGACCAAGUCAUGUUUUGGGGCAGGGAAUGGCGACGACAAUCUGGUGUCGUGGAGCAGUUCACUGAUAUUUGUCAUUCAGUACGCGAUCUGGAGAUGUUGCAAUCGUUGCUGUGCCAAUAGCGAGGUCAAGAUUUGCGCAGUCGACACGACCAUGUUUCCCCAAGGGCAGUUUGUGCGGGAUAUAACGUUGAUCCGGGCGGGGCGAUCUUGUGUGUUCUCGCUUGACCAACUCAUCAAGGCCGGACUACAUGGCCUGUACCCUGAAUUUGCAGAAAAUACCGCAAAGAAAAAAUGGACAAACCGCGUGAAAUGUCUUCAUAUAAAAAGAGCCCUUGAAAUGACCAGAGCAUGCUUCAGCAUCUUUAAUGCUAAUGACGUGGCAUUGCUACUCUUGUCAUUCAAAAACCGCAAGCUUCGGCCCACAACUGCAACCGGCCCAUCUCGACCGUACGACGGCCACGAGAGCGUCGAAGGAGCCUGA